UGCGCAGCCCCGGGAAGGUCGUCCCGGUGACCGGCUCUUGGGUGAAAGAAGCCGUCGCCAUGUUAUCGUUGGCCGCUCGUUCAGGCCCUUUCGCCCCCGUCCUAUCAGCCACGUCCCGUGUGGUGGCAGGUCCCCUGCGGCCGCUGGCCCAGGCUUCGGUGGUGCCUACCCCGGAGCCACCUGUGUUGGAUGCGAAGCGCCCCUUCCUGUGCCAGGAGUCUCUGAAAGGGCAGGCCGCCCGCCAGCAGCUUGUUGCCACAGUCGGCCUCUUCUUUCCUGCUUCUGUUCGUUUCUCUCAUACAGAUGUCAAAGUUCCUGACUUCUCUCCUUAUCGUCGAUCAGAUGUGUUAGAUAGCACAAAAUCUUCAAAAGAUAGCAGUGAAAGUAGGAAAGGCUUCUCCUAUUUGAUUACUGCAACUACGACAGUAGGUGUUGCAUAUGCUGCUAAGAAUGCUGUCUCCCAGUUUGUCUCCAGCAUGAGUGCUUCUGCUGAUGUGUUGGCCAUGUCGAAAAUUGAAAUCAAGCUGUCGGAUAUUCCUGAAGGCAAGAAUAUAGCUUUGAAGUGGAGAGGAAAACCUCUGUUUGUACGUCAUAGAACCCAAAAGGAAAUAGAACAAGAAGCUGCAGUGGAUCUGGCACAGUUGAGAGACCCACAACAUGAUUCAGACCGCGUAAAGAAGCCUGAAUGGGUCAUCCUGAUAGGUGUCUGCACCCAUCUUGGUUGUGUACCCAUUGCAAAUGCAGGAGAUUUUGGUGGUUAUUACUGUCCUUGUCAUGGGUCACACUAUGAUGCAUCUGGUAGAAUCAGAAAAGGGCCUGCACCACUCAACCUUGAGGUUCCAACAUAUGAAUUCACCAGUGAUGAUCUAGUUAUUGUUGGUUAAAGUACUGGACUCGCAUCACAAAUUCUCUACAAGUUUGUUUCAUGUAAAUUCUGAAAAGUUAUUGAGAGAAAUUGUAAUAUUCUUCAAAUUGGUUGAUGUGAGAGAUUUAACAAUUUCUGAUAAUGUAUUGGAUUACAUUCAUCUGAAUUAAAUAUUGAACACUUUCAAGUAUUUGCUUUUAAUAAAACUGCUAUUAAACAUUC